CUUGCUCUUCCUCCUUCAGUCGCGAUGCAUCACCCGCGAUGAAGCUGCAGUUUGGAGAUGUCCCUCGCGCUCACAGAGAGAGUCUGGAGUCUAGAUAGAAGAAGAAGAAGAAACCGCUGAUAUUUCCUGUCAACCUUUUUCCGUGUGUUUCGUUUUAAUUAGUCCUCGUGCUGACAGCGUCUUAGGGAAGACAGGAGGAUGAACAGCAUUAAACAGGUGCCGUCUCGGGUGAGAACCAGGCGGACUGAGGCCAACCUCGGAGCGGAGAGGGAGCAUUUUGACAAGCAGCAGCUGAGCAGCAUCAGCAAGGCCAUCAACUCCACUGAGACGCCUGUGAAGGAGAAACAUGCACGACGAAUCAUCCUGGGGACUCACAGGGAGAAGGGAGCCUACACCUUCUGGUCGUACGCUCUGGGCUUCCCGCUGGCCAGCAGCUCCAUCCUCAGCUGGAAGUUCUGCCACGUGCUGCACAAAGUCCUGCGGGACGGACACCGCAAUGUUCUACAAGACUGCAUGAGACAUCACAGUUCACUCGUUGAAAUUGGCAAACUAUGGAGUAACCUCCAUGACAGAUAUGGACAGCUGGUGGCUCUGUAUACCAAGCUGCUCUGCACAAAAAUGGAGUUUCAUGUGAAGCAUUCAGAAAUCCCACCGAGCUUGGAGGCCUCAGAUGAAGUUCUAGAGCGAACUGCAGGAACCGACAUUAAUAAUGUGUUCCAGCUCACAGUGGAGGUGUUUGAUUACUUAGACGCAGAGCUGAGGCUGGCGGAGACAGUGAUCCGACAGCUCAACACGUCCAUCGCCAUCUCCACCCUCACGUCAGGCCAGUGUCGGCUGGCUCCGCUCAUCCAAGUGAUCCAGGACUGCAGCCACCUGUACCACUUCACCGUCAAGCUGCUGUUCAAGCUGCAUGCCUGUCUCCCGGCUGACACCUUACAAGGACACCGUGAUCGUUUCCAUGACCAGUUCCACAGCCUUAAGACCUUUUUCAAUAAAGCCAGAGACAUGCUGUACUUCAAGAGACUGAUCCAGAUCCCCAAACUGCCUGAUUCCCCACCUAACUUCCUGCACGCGGCCUCACUGGCCAAGCACGUGAAGCCAGUGGUGGUCAUCCCUGAUGAGGACGAACCGGAACAACAAGAUGACGAUGAUGAUGACCCUGAGCCGCUCAUCGAGGUCAGCGACGUCUCAACGUCCAGCAUACAGUCACAGCCACAGCUGGACAUUUUUGAUCAGACGUUUGGACCUCCAAAUGGAGGCUUCGAUGACAGGGAUCUCCAGAUUGAGAGCCUGAAGCGUGACCUGGAGUUGUUGAGAGCAGAGCUGGAGAGAGUCAAAGCAGAGGCUCAGCGCUACAUCACACAGCUGAAGUCCCAAAUCAACAGCUUGGAGGCAGAACUGGAAGAACAGCGUGCACAGAAACAACGUGCUCUUGUGGAAAAUGAACAACUGCGUAUGGAGCUGGAGGCAACACGACGCCAAAACGCACAGCAUGAGAGCUUACAGACCGUCUUUGCUGAGGCAGAAAAAAGAGCGCAGGCCACUGAGCAGCGGUACAAUAAGCUGAAGGAGAAGCACACAGAGCUUGUGGCCAGCCAUGCUGAACUACUCCGAAAGAGUGCGGACACUGUGAAGAUGCUGUCAGCGACACAGCAGACCCAGGAGGAGGUGGAGAGGACCAAACAGCAGCUGUCGUUUGAAGUUGAUCGAAUUAAACAGGAAGCUGACAUGAAGCUGGAAGAGCAAAAGUUUGAAAUGGAGAGGCUGAAGAGAGAGCUAGACGAGAAGAUGGCAGAAAUUUUGCGCAUCAAGGGGACUCUGCAGAGUAGCGAGAAGACGUCGGAGCAGAUGAACAGCUCAAUGACGGCUAUGCAGGCAGAGAAAGAGCGUCUGAUGCGAUCUGUGAGUGAGAAGGAGGCGGAGCUGUCGUCUCUGCGGCAGUCUGCGCAGUUGCAGCAGUCGUCACUUCAGCAGGAGCGAGAGAGGAACAGCAGGGAGCUCGGAGAGCUGCAGGGCAAACUGCAGGAGAAGUCGAGUCAGGAGGAGCAGCUGAAGCAGAAGCUUCUGGAGGAGCAGUUUGCUCUGCUGCAGGGUACCGUCACUGAGGCUGAGAACAUCAUCCAGGAUGCUGUGGCUAAGCUGGAUGAUCCUCUUCAUAUACGCUGCACCAGCUCUCCAGAUUACCUCAUAAGUCGGGCGGAGGCCACACUGGGCUCUGUAGACAAAGUGAAAAAGGGCCAUGGCGAUUAUCUGAAUAACAUGGGGGAUGCUGGAGGUCUGCUGAGGGCGCUGACCCAGUUCUCCCACUUGGCUGCGGAUACAAUCAUCAAUGGCAGUGCCACUGCACACAUGGCACCCACUGACCACGCAGACCGAUUGACGGAGAACUGCAGAGGCUGUGCCACUGAGAGUCUGCAGUUCCUCAAGGACCUGAAGUCCAAGACCACCCUCCAGAGGGCAGACCCGGCCGCCGUUCGUGUCAUUGUUCAGAAGAUCCUGUACUUGGGCCAGGAGCUGCGGCCAAAGGGCAUGGAUGUUCGUCAGGAUGAGCUCGGAGAUAUGGUUGAUAAGGAAAUGGCUGCAACAUCAGCGGCUAUAGAAGAGGCAGUCCGCAGGAUUGAUGAAAUGAUGAAUCAGGCACGAAAGGACACAUCAGGAAUUAAACUGGAGGUCAAUGAAAGAAUCCUCAACAGCUGCACAGACCUUAUGAAGGCCAUCCGCAUGCUGAUCAUAGCAUCCACAGACUUGCAGAAGGAGAUUGUCGAGGGCGGGAGGGGUGCAGCCACCAUUAAGGAGUUCUACGCCAGAAACUCUCGCUGGACCGAGGGACUCAUCUCUGCUGCCAAGGCUGUGGGAUGGGGAGCCACUGAGAUGGUGGAGUCUGCAGAUAAGGUGGUGCUGCACACAGGCAAAUACGAAGAGCUGAUUGUCUGCUCCCACGAGAUCGCUGCCAGCACAGCACAGCUGGUCGCUGCCUCAAAGGUAAUUAUGAAAAUCUUUGAAAUACUUCAUUACGGUAGAAAUAUUCUACAUUGUGUCAUCUGGUCUCACUCAAGCGCUCUCCUCCGCUCUCAGGUUAAAGCCGACCGCAGCAGUAAGAGGCUGUCGGUUCUCCAACAGGCUUCUCGCCACGUGAAUGAAAUGGCAGCUAAUGUGGUCGCCUCAACAAGGACGGGCCAGGAGCACCUGGAGGACAAAGAAACCAUGGACUUCUCUGGGAUGUCCCUCAUCAAGUUGAAAAAAGAAGAAAUGGAGUCACAGGUGAAGGUGCUGGAAUUAGAGUCUCAGUUGGAGAACGAGCGUCUGCGUUUGGGUGAGCUGAGGAAGAAGCACUACGAUUUGGCCGGCGUUCCUGCAGGCGACGCUCCUGAGGGGAACGGCGAAACCUCCUCGCUGGUCAAUCCUGCCACCAUGUCACCAAAACCCAGCAAGCCUGCUCUCUUUAAGAAACCUGCAUUGGCCCAGAAACCUAACUUACCACCCAAAACCACGUUCAAGUAAUGCCUGGGCAGAAAAGAAAAAUGCCCCGCUCAUGGAUGGUUGGAUUGACCAUAGAUGUAUCCCUUUGUUGUGAACACACGGUUCCUUUAAGUUGCAUGCUGACAAUCCUCUGCCUCAUCCUGCAUCGUACUUUUUUUCCUUUCUUCCUGACUUGUUUUUGUUUUUUGCCAAAAUGGACCAGAAGCCUGAUUUUUUUUUUUUUACCCUUGAUGCCUAUAAGGAAUAUGCUGUCUUUACCCCCCCCUUUUUUUUUUUUUUUUUAAGAUACAUGCCAUCCAGGCAGAAUCCUUUUUAUUUUAGUAUUCGGCAUCAAGAACAAAAAAUAAUUCAUAUUUGACUUUUAGGUUGUGUGAAAAAAAUAUUUCUAUAUCACAAAAUUUUAGAUGAUUAAGUACUACUGCUGCUUUUAGAAUUCAGACUUGAUAAUGACCACAAAUCCGCAGCGUAUGUUGUAUUUCAAUAGUUUUGAUCAUGCUUCGGACAAAGUUUUUGCACACUAUUUUUGACAUACAUUACAGAGCACAUCACAUUUUCUUAAUGUACACUGUAUGCUAUUUAUGUUGUGGUGGGGGGUAAGGGAAUCUGGGGAAUCACAUUGUGUGCGUCCACGUUGCUGCAAAAGUUUUACAUACCUCUGGUUUUGCCUUCAUUGUGGACACUGUUCCUCUUAGGUGCAAAACAGCUUUCUGUCUCAACAGUACGAGAUUGUCUCAGAGGCCUUGGAAUGUACUAGACUAAUGCAUCAAAUCAUAACCUGUAAAGACGCAGAGUCUGUAAAGGAGUGCGUCACUCGCAGCAAGUAUAAUUUAUAUCUACACUCUUGAAUGUCCCUUUAUUAGAUGAGAACCUGCAUCUUCUGUUAAGGCAUAUAGAUAGACUUAAUGCUUGCACACACAUAUCAGAUGUAGGUGUCCUUAAUUAUCAAACGCUUCUCGCAGGGUUAGUUAGUUAUGUACAAUAUGAAGGUGUCUGAGUUCUCUUUGCCUCUGGGAGUUUUUCAUACAGGGUCUUAAAAUGCAUCUUUUUAUGUUCUGUCCUUUCCUCUGUACGAAAUGUCUUUAUACACUCAGAUCUAUUAAUAUAUUUUAGUAAAGAUAAUAGUGGUUUCUCCUUGUAAGAAGUGUAAAUGUCAAACAACUGAACAAUAAAUGUUUGAUUUAA